UGUCGCGUGCUCCGCUAACAGAGUAGCAGCUAAAGAUGAAGCUGUGUAAAAACCAGUAAAAACUGUGGGCGGUUUGUGGAUUAGUUUAAUAUCGACUGCGACGUUUUACUCACUAAUUAAACAACAUUUCGAGUUCGCCUGAACUUUGCUUCCCGCCUCUGACUGUCUUCAUCUCCACAGCAACAGCAGCGGAGCCUCAUGGGUAUUGCAGUAUUUAAAUCCGUCCGCCAUGUUGAGGAAACGGACUGAGCCUGACUUCUCUGAAACGAAGAGUAAAUAAUUCAAAGUGGAGGUGGAAACAUGAACCUGUGUGAUAGCUGCUACGUCCAGCCCCGCCGCUGCGGCUGGGGCUGGCCUGGUGGCUCUGUUUCCGGGUAGUUGUUGUAGGACUAACCGGUGUAGUGACGGUUGUGGGACCCGCGGCUCCUCCAGCAGCAGAGGGCGCUGUUCUCACCGUGACGCCCCCGUGUUUAUGGUUACCGUGGCAACAGAGCACCGGUCCUGUUUGUGAUGUUUUAACCGGCUCCGGUGAGUUCACCGUAACCGUCAGAAAGCAGAUUUAAUUAGAAGUUUCGGAUCUUUUCCACCGGAAGAUGCUGCUCAGCCAGAGAAGAACCAGGUGCCGGGAGUUCACCGGACCGACGCCUCACUCCGUGGCCGUGAGAGCGAAGCUCCCGUCGUCACGGCCCGCAGACCACCUGAUCCUGGAGAGGCAGAGACAGGACGCCGCCCGGGACCAGGUCCUGGAGUUCACCAGGUACCAGCAGACCUGCGACGUGAAGAACUCGUGGCUGAAGAGUUCGGACCGUCACUUCCUGAGAGGAACGGUCCAGAGAGAGAUCAGAGCUGCGAUGAAACGACACGAGUCCGACAUCGAGGAGAGGAGACACAGGCUUCGUGAGCUGUUGGAGGCAGAGGAGCAGCAGCUCCUGCAGGAGGUGGAGGAGAAGAAGGAGACGACAGUGGAGAGACAAGCCAAGAUGAGAGAAAAAGCCAAAGUCCUGAGAGAGAGAAGAGAGAGUGAGAGACAGCAGCUGGUCUCAGACAAACUGGAUCAGCUGUUCAGGGAGCAGUGUGACGAGCUGCGGACCAUCCAGACCAGACGCAGGGAGCAGCAGGUGUGUGCGGAGCGAGAGGCUCAGGUGAGGAGUGAACAGGAGGAGCGGCAGCGGCGGCAAGAGGAGGAGAAGCUGUUUGAGGAGCUGUGGGAGGCCGAUCGUCGAGCCAAAGAGGAGAGGGAGAGGAGGAGAGUGCAGACGCAGCAGCAGAGGAACAUGGAGCAGCUGGACGUCCUGAAGACUCAGAUGGAGGCGGCAGAGCAGCAGAGACAGAAGGAGAAGGAGCUGAGGGAGGAGGAGGCUCGACUCAGGCUGCAGCAGCAGGAGAUGCAGCUCCUGCAGCAGCAGCGGGAGCAGCACCAGAAGCUGCGGGACCAGCAGACCAGGCGGCGGCAGCUGGACCAGGGCUUCAGGCUGAAAAUGAAGUGUCUGGCCCGAGAGCAGCAGGACGAGCUGCAGCUGGACAUGAGCAUCCUGCAGCAGCUGCUCCGACAGGAAACAGACGAGAAACAGGAAGCUGCUCAGAGGAAGACGGAGCUGCGUGAGGAGCAGAGGAGGUACCGACAGUAUCUGUCUGAGGAGCUGCAGAAGCAGAGGAGGGAGGAGGAGGAGACGGAGCGGCUGAUCGAGGAGAAGCUGAAGGAGACCUGGACCAAGAGGGAGGAGCAGAGCCGCCUGCAGCGGGAGGCCAGGACCCGGCUGAUGGACGAGGUCCUGGAGGCUCGGCGCCUGCAGAUCCAACGGAAAUUGGACCUGAACCUGCAGCAGUGGGCCGAGCUCUGCAGAGAGAGGGAGGAGCUGAGCAGAGCGAUGGAGGAGAUGAAGGUGGAGGAGGAGGAGGAGAGGAGACGUCAGAGGCAGACCAGCGAGGCGUACCGGGCCGACCUCCGGGCCCAGAUGGAGCAGCAGGAGCGGGUCCGGUCUGAGGCUCAGGCUCAGGCUCAGAGGGAGCAGCAGCAGGGUCUGAUCCUGCAGCAGCUCUACGACCAGAAGAAAAACCAGAUCCUGUCCAGACCGGCGUCCCACAGCGCCUCCUCCUCCCAUCCCUUCAGGAGAGCAGAGGGUCCAGGUCUGCCCCCAGACCCCGUCUGAAGCCUGAACAGGAAUAAAGUCUGUUGUCUGACCUCUGACCUCUGUCUGUGCUCCUGUCCUCUCCGACCCCGCCCCCUCUGUGACAUCACACAGCGCCCCGCUGCCUGUUGGGUAACGCAGUGUUGACUGAGGCAGAGGGAGGUUCAGGUUGUGUAAAGUGUUGUUGUGAAACAACGAUGGAGAAAUCCCAGAGUCAGUCUGAGCCCCAGGUAACAACAGGUGAGUCACAGUCAGCUGAUCACCCCCUGCCCCCCCCACAGGAAACACUGUAUGUAGGACGGAGCUGCUGUCAGCUGCUGCUGCUGGUGUCCCAGUGCUCCCAGUGUUCCCAGCAGACAGAGGAGAACAUCCAGAGCUGCUGAGACAUUGAUUCACAUUUCACACAUAAGCUUGAAAAAGUUGCAGAGCCACAGAGAGACGUGUCACACCUGGAAACACAGGAACAGGAAGUCACAGGUCCGUCUGUCUGAGGAGGAAGAAGAAAACCACAGGUCAGAGGUCAGAGGUCAACACUCACUCAUCUGAUCUCAGGAGUUAUUUUAUUAAAAGAGAGACACUGAUGCACCAUGGGUAAAUAAUGUCUGCAGGUAAAGAGACGUUCAAACCACAUCUGUUCUCUGGUUUAUUAACCAACUAAACAUACAACAAACUACUGAUCAAACAUCUAACAAAUAAACAAACAAACAUGAACCUUUGACUGAUUCUUAUUCUGUUUAUUGUGAAUAUGAUCAGUUCACCUGCAGGUGAGCCUCUGUGUGUUUU